AUGGUCCUGCACUACCCCAUGGCUGUGGGCCUCAGCAAAGGCCACAAGGUGAGGAAAAACGUCAGCAAGCCGGAACAUAGCCAGUGCCACAGGUGCCUCACCAAGCACACCAAGUUCAUGUGGGACAUGAUCCAGGAGGUGUGUGGCUUUGCCCCCUACAAGCUGCGUGCCAUGGAGCUGUUCAAGGUGUCCAAGGACAAGCCCAUGCUCACAUUCGUCAAGAAGAGGGUGGGCACGCACAUCCAUGCCAAGAGGAAGCCAGAGGAGCUGAGCAAUGUGCUGUCAGCCAUGAGGAAGGCGGUGGCCAAGAAGGACGGAUGCUCCCCACCCCCAAUAAAUGUUACUACCAUGGGAAAAAAAUAG